AUGGCUGACGCUAAUUUUCUUCGUCCCACUAGUACUCGAGCACCGGAUGAAGAUUCCGAUCAUGUUGGCUCGGGCGCAUCUACACCUCAACUUCUUGACGGUGUCUCAACGCCUAAACCCGAUUUUAUGGAUAAACGUCAACCCGGUUUGGCCCAUGCCUACUUUGCCCAGGUUUGUGAUUCUUUUCGUGCUCCUUUCACAUCAUCCUCGCAUCCUGUCUGCCCCUCAUCUCUCUCCCGCAGCAUCACCCAUGGCCCGAGUCUGAACAUGAACCCCUCACACCCCUCCUUUACUGCCCCCAUCGGUGUCCCUCCACCUACCGCACCCAGCUCGCCCAAGCACUCUUCCGACAGCAGUCAAGGGCCUCCACUACUCCCGCACGAGCAAAACGACGCCACUCUGCCAUCAUAUCCUACCCCGCCUCUGUCGUCAGCUUCCUCCCUCCACGGCCAGCAGGUUGAUGAAGAGGGGCCCGCAGAGGUGCAGGCGUCAAUCGAGAAAAACACUUCAGCAGGACCGGCACGGCUUCGUAGUUCCACACUGUCAGGCACAGUAGACACUAUCGUUUCCAGGCCGCAUGUUUCAGCACACAUUUCCAGCCCUACUGCCCAUCCCACCAAUGUUCCCGAUUCCUUAAAUGCUUCUCUUACAGCGUCGCAAGAGCUUGAGCCACUUGACAGGGAGAAUCAAGAGCUAACAGAAAACACAAAGAGCACCCCUCCGAGAACCCCUCGAGCCCUGUCACAUAAUGAGCCCGCAGCUGCAGUCGAUGACGCCCCAGCUCCCANNCAGCGCCCCAGAUUGCCAGGGAUUGAGAAGAGCAGUCGAUCCAGCUCAAACCAAUCCAACAGCCAACCCACCGUCGGUACAACCAAAGGCCAGCUUUCGGUCAAUAUCGUACAGGGAAGAGGUCUCAAGCCUAGCACCGCCCCUUAUGUCGUCUGCAUUUAUCAACUGAAUGAAGACAUCUCUGGCGGUGCUGAGGUUGAUGCCGAUACCAAGACACAAGAACAAGAUGGCAACCAGAACGAAAACCUGGCUAAAGGAGUCGCUAUGAGAAGAAUGGGUAGCGACUCAGGAAAAGCUAUGAGCAUUCCUGGCGGGCUCGGCAGUCGUCAAACCAGUCAAACAGACAUCCCUAAGCUCAAGGACUCUGCUUCGGACCCCCUCGUUACUGAGCCAUUGUGGAACCAUGAGGCUGUAUUGUACUNNGACGUUGUGGGUGAUCAGUCUGAACUCGACAUCUCCGUAUACGACAAGAAGAACCAAGAAGCCUUCAUUGGACAUGUUCGUUUCAGCCCCAACUUGGAGAACUACGACACACCUCACGAGGCUUGGUUUAAAUUGAGGCCCAGAGAAGGCGAGACCGACAAUGUUCCCGGCGAGAUUCAGCUCAGACUUAGCUUCCAGAAGACCGACAAGAAGACUUAUGGACCCGAGGACUUUGAAAUUCUGAGACUCAUCGGCAAGGGUACUUUUGGUCAAGUUUUCCAGGUUCGCAAGAAGGACACACAAAGAAUCUACGCCAUGAAGGUGCUUUCGAAGAAGGUCAUCAUUCAGAAGAAGGAGAUUGCACACACUAUCGGCGAGCGUAAUAUUCUUGUGCGCACCGCCACCGCCGAGUCACCCUUCAUUGUUGGCUUGAAGUUCUCUUUCCAGACUCCUGCCGAUCUCUACCUGGUUACCGACUAUAUGUCAGGAGGAGAACUCUUCUGGCAUCUUCAAAGAGAAGGACGUUUCCACGAAGGUCGUGCCAAGUUCUACAUUGCUGAGUUGAUUCUGGCCUUGAGACACCUUCAUCAGCACGACAUUGUCUAUCGCGAUCUGAAGCCUGAGAACAUUCUGCUGGACGCGAACGGUCACAUCGCUCUUUGCGAUUUCGGUCUAUCCAAGGCCAAUCUGUCAAAGGGAGAUACUACAAACACCUUCUGCGGUACCACUGAAUACCUCGCACCUGAGGUUCUCCUGGACGAGCAAGGCUACACCAAGAUGGUCGAUUUCUGGUCGCUGGGUGUUUUGGUCUUCGAGAUGUGCUGCGGUUGGUCGCCGUUCUAUGCCGAGGACACACAGCAGAUGUACAAGAACAUUGCUUUCGGCAAAGUUCGCUUCCCUAGAGAUGCUCUUUCGACAGAAGGCCGUAACUUUGUCAAGGGUCUGCUCAACCGUAACCCGAACCACCGUCUCGGAGCUAAGGCGGAUGCUGAUGAGCUCAUGGCCCAUGCCUUCUUCGCUGAUGUUGAUUGGGAUGCUCUUGGUCGCAAAGCACUUGUUCCACCUUUCAAGCCCAAGCUCAAGGGCGAACUAGAUGUCAGCAACUUCGAUCCAGAGUUCACAAAUGCUCUAUCGAGCGGCAACUCGUCAUCCCUCAAUGCUCGUGCCGCAGCUCUGGCCAGUGGCGUCAACCCGGCUAGCACACCUCUCAGUCCCACACUGCAGACAGCUUUCAAGGGCUUCACAUUCGUCGAUGAGAGCACCCUGGACAAACAGUUCGGUAACGACUCGAGCCACGUGCAGCAAGCACAGCAAGAAUCACAAGAAGAUAACGAUGAGUUGAGGAAGACUUCAAGUAAGGAUGAGCGCAUGACUGGUGUGGUCUCAUCAUCAAACGAACCCCAGGGCAUCUUCAACGACGGCAUGGACGUAUAA